GCCUCGCCUCUCCCCUCCCCCCCUCCGGCUAGCUUCGCUGCAAGGGGGCGGCCCUUGGAAACACCUCGCUUUAACACACAGCCUAUAAAUACAGCUCCUAGUAUGGGAGCCGGGCUAUGAGCUGCAGCAGGACUCAGGGACACCCGCGGAGCUGGUUAGGGAAAGCUAGGGAGCCGGCGCCUGGAGCUCGUGCAACUCGUUGUAACAGACACUUUCUCGCUCCGAGUCUGCAACUAGAAACUGGAGGGGGAACCCGUGGGAAAUACUGCUGAGCUUCUGGAAAGAGAUUUGUUGCGGACGAAAAGCCAGCGCGCUUCAUUUUUCCAAGGAGGGAAAAAAACCUGCUGCAAACUUCUCCUGGGCUUGGCGCCUGGUUUUGCCGGGCGCGCUACUUCCAUUUGAGCCGCAAGAGCUUCCUGGACUUGGGCGGCACACCCUCUCUUGCCGCAGCCGCCGGUUCGCCUCGCUCUCGCUGCACCCCGCCCAGCCGCCAGCAUGAUGCAGAUCUGCGAGUCCUACAGCCAAAAACACUCCCUCUUUAAUGCCAUGAACCGCUUCAUCGGGGCGGUGAACAACAUGGACCAGACUGUGAUGGUGCCCAGCCUGCUAAGGGAUGUGCCUCUCUUGCUGGAGGAGCUGGACUCGGGGGGCGGCUGCGCGGAGAGGGAGGCCCAACUGGCCCCCAACGGGGGCGCCUACUGCUCCCGCCGAGACAUGUACAGCCACUACGUGCUGCUCAAGUCCAUCCGCAACGACAUCGAGUGGGGAGUGCUGCAGCAAGCGGCCGAAGAGGCCAGCGGCAGGAAGAAGGAGAAGCUGAACGGCGGCGCCGGCUCUGUGGACAUUGGCCGGGGGAUCGCGGAGGACGCGGAGGCCGAGGAGGACCUGGAGAAGCAGUUUCAUUACCACUUAAGCGGACUGCACACCGUGCUCUCCAAGCUUACUCGCAAGGCCAACGUGCUAACCAACAGAUACAAGCAGGAGAUCGGAGCCAACAAUUGGGGGCACUGAUCUGGGAGGAGGAAGAGGUGGCCUGCCUGCCUGCCUGCCACGUUGUGAGAGUCUGAAAGAGGGAAUCAGUUGGGAAAGGCUAGCAAAGCUUGCUAGCAAGAAUGAAGUUGUGUGUGUGCUUGUGUGUGUGUGAGAGAGGGGUGAGGCGGGCCCCUGCCAGAGAGAGAGAGAGAGAAACUGUGUGGUCCUUGCAGAGAAACUGAGCAAAGGAGAUUAUCAAGGGUCACUAGUGAGCACUGGAAUGAAUGCAAAAAUGUUUAUUUGAAAGAAGAAUGUGAAGAUGAAAAGAUGGAAGGGACUGCUUUUCACACAAUGAAUAGUCUAGUAGCAGUUUGCUGUUGGCCCCUGUAGACUCUCAGGAAGGCAGGGUGAUGGUGAUGGAUCUCUGCCUGGAAUAACUGGCACAGGUAGGCAGCCAUACUUUCCAUGUUUUGAGGACUCAGAAUGAUGUACAGUGGCCCAGGCCAGUUACUGAAAAAGUAUGGAAAACUCUUUGUGUGUCCGUGUGAGUGUGAUGGCAGUACUAGUGGCAAUUGCAUCACUUCUUUCCUGUUUUGCACUACUUUUGUAACAUUAAUAUAUAUGUAUAUACAGUCUAAAUUCUCUUCUUUGCAUGCUCUUAGAACUGCAGUUUUUUUUACCAACGCACAAAAGUGUACAUUCGUCAAUACUGCCCUUUUUCUACAGGCAGGGUGAACAAUUAUUGUUUCCCCUUAAAUAAAGACACCCACAUUUCCAUAUUAUAUAUGAGCUGGUUAAUAUGAAACUGCAAAUAAGUCACUUAACAAACUAUAUAAUUAUGUUGCAGAGGAUAGAACCAGUUCACUAAUGUACAUCCUUAUUUCAAUGGAAAGACAUGGGGUCCCAUUGUUGUACAUGCAUUGAAGACUAUUUAAAACUUUUUUAUUCAGAUGUAGAGUAUAUUCUAAAAUAAAUAAGCAAUUAUAUUGACUAAAAUGGACUUAGCUGUUUUUUAUACUAGGCUGCUAAUUGAACUAAAUGCUUUUGCAAUACAAGAGUGGUAGAUACUAAUGGACUGUCCAAAACAGGUUUCUAAAAAAUGAGCUAAAUUAUACUACUGCAGGCACAGCUCUUGCAUGAGGAAGCAUCCCCAGAAGACGUCACAGAGCUGUUUCUGUAUUCUCCUCCCCCAUGACACACACACACAUUGCACUAGGUGCUUAGAGCUCUUAUAGGAAAUACUUUGCACACAGUGGUCGAGAAAGAGCUGGUUGGUUGUAACCAAGCUCUGCUCAAAUCAAUGGGCGUUUACCCCACUGACUCCAGUGAGAACAACUUCAGUUGUUUGCAGUGCAGAUUAUCCAGCCACCUUAAGUUGCUUUUCAGUACAGGGUAUAUUUAAUGCGUGGGGUGUGUGUGUGGGGGGGGGUGACCAAGGAAACUGAAUAUUAGCCCUUCUUAACAGUAUUUUAGUAAGCCCAUAGUUUGAUUUGAAAUACAUGUUGUAUACAAAGUGCAUGGAUACAAGUCAGUCUCUUUUAAACACAAUUACUUAAGAACAUAAUUACUACAUAAUUAGAUUUAGGUAGCCCAAAGUAAUUAAACUGUAUCAUUUCUGAACUGGAUGUUUUGUGCUUGAGUAAUGAAUUUUGAAUCUGCUUGUUCAUUCUGUGUAGGUUUUUCUGUUUUAAAUGAGAAAAUGUCUUGAGUGGAC